AUGACACCAAGGAAGGUGUUAAAAGGUCUUGUUGAUGCUAGGAUAACUGAGUCCAACGAAACGCAAGGAGAUUGUUGCAAAAGUUGGAGAGGCAUCAGGACUUUGGACUUUUUUCAAAUUGCUAAUCAUGGAGUACCUGUUGAUCUUUUGGAGGAGUUAAGGGGUGGGGUACGUGGGUUUUUUGAGCAAGACACUGACGUGAAGAAACAGUUUUACACUCGUGAGUACUUCCAACCUUUGGUGUACAGUAGCAAUCCUGAUCUAUACAGCUCACCGGCCACUAAUUGGAGGGACACUUUUAUGUGCUACAUCAUGUCUUCUGGCUUAGUAGGAUUAGGAAACUUGAUUAGUAUCAAACGGCAGAUUCAAGAGUGUAGAGCACAGGGUAGUGGCAAACCGUGUCGGUCCAAGAAUAUCGGUGACAAGCUUCUUUACGACAGGAUGUCUUUCAUCAGUUCUUCAUACUUCAAGGUUCCCUUGCCGAACAUAAGCAUCUUGGAGUUGCAAUUUGAAGAUAGAGCAGUGCAAUUUGUGCUGACCUCUAACAAUCUUGCAGCUGCAAUUGGGAUUCCAACAGACAUACUUAAUCGCAGGAUAAAUUUCUGGAUAAGCAAGUUACCUUUAAUCAUUUUGAAUUUCGAGUUGAAUGAUAUGAUGCGUCAUUUAUUGGAAUUUCUUGCAGAAUCAUUUGGGGCAGACUCUGAAGACCACGUGUUUACACUAAUGGAAGGUAUGGUUGACAGUGGUAAAAAUGGUGGUACGAAUGGAAGCAUCGAGGAUCUUAUAGUUGCUGAUGAAGAGGGGGAGAGCUCUGUAGCCUCUGUGGAGGAUCAACUGCACAAGGAAAUGACUGUGUAUGAGAUGUUCUGCUUAGCCGAUCCUCCUUACGACAAAACUCUCCAACAGCUGCAAAGUUUCUUGACGGGUCUAGUUUCCGAAGAGAAGUUGGAACUAAGAGAUGGACUAUAUCAUGUAAAAAAAGCCCAUAGGUUUGAUCCUGCAGAACUGAAAAUGAAGAGAACAAAUGUGAAGCCUGUGUCAGAGCAUAUUGGUGGCUGCUACCCAAAUGAGAAGCUUGAUGUGAAUAGGAUUCUAAGCAUCUUGUUCAGAUUAUCAUGUGUUAAAGGCCUUGUUGAUGCUGGGAUAACCAAGGUUCCAAGAAUUUUUCAUCUACCCGUAGAUCAGUAUCCCAUCAACAACACUUGUGAUUCAGAACCCACCAAAACCCAGCUCAGAAUUCCAGUCAUAGACCUGGAAGGCCUUGAAUAUGAUAACAGUCCAACCAAGCGCAAGGAGACUGUUGCCAAAGUUGGAGAGGCAUCAGAGACUUGGGGCUUUUUCCAAAUUGCCAAUCAUGGCAUACCUGUUGAUGUUUUGGAAGAGAUAAAGAAUGGGGUACGUGGUUUUUUUGAGCAAGACACUGAGGUGAAGAAGAAGUAUUACACUCGUGAUCGCUUCAGACCUGUGAUCUACAACAGCAACUUUGAUCUUUAUAGUGCACCGGCAACUAAUUGGCGGGACACUAUUUUGUGUAAUAUGGCUCCUAAUCCUCCUAAGCCAGAAGACUUGCCACAAGUAUGCAGAGACAUACUUGUUGAGUACUCCAAGCAAGUAAUGAAGUUGGGGAAGUUGUUGUUCGAGUUGCUGUCUGAGGCGCUUGGGCUGAAGCCAAGUCACUUGAAUGACAUGGAUUGUAGUUUAGGGCUUCAGAUUCUAGGCCAUUACUAUCCCCCCUGUCCACAGCCAGAGUUAACUUUGGGCACAAGCAAGCACGCUGACAAUGACUUUAUCACAGUCCUUCUGCAAGAUCAUAUUGGUGUUCUUCAAGUUCUUCAUCAGAACAACUGGAUUGAUGUACUUCCUGUGCCUGGGGCUCUAGUGCUUAUAUCAAAUGACAGAUUCAGGAGUGUAGAACACAGGGUAUUGGCAAAUCGUGCCGGUCCAAGAGUAUCUGUUGCUUGUUUCUUUAGCACAGGUUUUUUAGCAUUGCCACGAAUCUAUGGACCCAUUAAGGAGUUGCUAUCAGAAGACAAUCUUCCAAAGUACAGGGAGACAACUGUGAAGGACUAUAAUGCUCACCACUAUAAUAAAGGCCUUGAUGGGACCUCUGCCUUGACUCAUUUCAAGCUCUGA